AUGUCUUUCGUCUUCAAUGUGAUUUCCAAAUCUCAAAAUGAAGAGAAUGUUGAACCGAUGGACCCAUUCAAGGAGUCAACAAUGGAUGCUUCUCCAAUAAAAAAAACAGAUUCGAGUCUUCAGGUAAACCAGCAAGAUUCAUCGAAAAUAAUAGAGUCACCAAAACCUGCUGAGGACGGCUUUGUGAACCUUCCAUCACCUUCAGCUAAGAUGACUCCAAUUUGGACUGGAGGCAUUCGAGGAAGUGAGCGAGUGGCCACAAAAAAGAGCCAACUCGAAGAAGUGAAGAGGACACUUCAAGAAAAAGAAAAACCUCAGAUGAAGCCUUCAGCUUCAGUAGUGUGUAAACCACCGACUCCUGCACCAAGUCCCCCGACUUCUGCGUCGAAGUCUCCUGCACCAAAGUCUCCAAAACUACAUCCCGUGUGGACAGGAGGAGUGCGAGGAAGCACUCGUGUUGCUGAAAAAAUGAGUGUGCUCGAAUUGGAGGUGGAGAAACAGAGAGCAGAGGAAAAGAUAAAGGCACUUAAGAAGCUCCCCAAGAUUUGCCAAAAAUGUGCGGAGGCGAAGAGAAAUAAGAGGAAGCUAUCUACCUCCACUCCCUCGGACCCCAUGGAGCGAGUCUGGAAUAAGCCAAUUCCAGAUUUUUCGGAUUCCAAGCGAUGGGUAAAGAUCAAACUCCCCGAAGGUGUGGAAAUGUCGUCUUCUGAAUCUUUUGAUUCUCCAAUAUCAUGGAAGAAAAAGGUUGAGGAUUUGAAGGUUUCAUUGGAAGCAGUAAUGAAUUCCAAUCCAAAUAGUCCAGAAGAGCUGGAGCGGAACAGAGAAAUCUUAGAGAAAGGGCAAGCAGUAAUGCUGGAACUCUUAGUCAACCAAGCUUCUUCUCCUCCAGAAUCAAAAGAAGUUCUAGUCUCCAUGUUUCCAUUCGUCAAGUUUGAGAAACAAAUUUUUCCAGCCACUAGUCCAGAAGUUGAAGCGGACCGCGCAUCGAGUGUGUCCCCAAUGAGGGAGGAUAGAUCAUCAUCUUCUUCUUCUACAACUAGCUCCGGAUCGCUGAGCUGGCCACAGGGAAACCAAAUGGUAGCUCAGAUGUUCCGGAAUGAGCAAGAAGCAACGUUUUAUGCCUCAAGUGCUCCAACCUUCUACCAGGCGCACCGAAGUCUUCAGCACCCAGAUUUUUCCAAUAAUUACCAGUGGAAUCAUUUCUAUGCCAGUCUCAACCCAUGCCAUCCACAAUAUCCAACGUAUUAUACCAUGCAAGUUCCUUCCCAACCCAAGAAUCUCAACAACACAUCAAGGUUUUUGAAGAACGAAUACCAUUCGUCUCACACCGAGCAACACUUGAUUAAGCAACAACGUCUUCAAAAGUGGAAAGUAAUUUUCAAGAAAAAUCCAUUUCCUUCUAAAGAAGAGCUGAAGCACUUGGCUGAAGAAGCUGGAAUGAAAAAAAACUAG